AUGCGAUCGAUUUCUCUCAUACAACAAUCUCGUUCAUUUGCUUCUAGAAAUCUAAUUCAUCGAGCUGGUCUAUUCUCGGUGCCAAAAGAGAAGAGUCUUUUUAUAGAUGAAAGUGGCACUAAAUUAUCGUAUGGAAAAUUUCUAACAAAAACGGGACAAUAUGCUGCUACUCUUCACGAGGAUUAUAAGAUACAAAAAGGCGAUCGAGUGCUGAGUCGAAUAGAGAAAUCGAUCGAUGCGGUGGCCUUGUAUUUGGCGUGUUUACAAAUUGGAGCCAUCUAUGUACCAUUAAAUCCCGAUUAUAAACAAGAAGAGACAAAGCAUUUUAUUCAAGAUGCUGAGCCGAAGCUCUUUGUCACGAGCCAGCUUGAGUUGGACAAAGUGCAUUCCGAAUCCGUGUCUCAUAUUGUUGUUGAUAAACAAUUGAAAAAAAUGAUUGAACAAAAGAAAGCGGCUACGGAUGUUGAGAGUAUGAGAGACGAGGAAACAGCCUCGAUUUGCUAUACCUCGGGAACGACAGGAAAACCCAAAGGUGCCAUGCUCACUCACGGAUCACUUUCGUCAAACGGAGAGACUCUAGCGAAAAUCUGGGGCUUCACGGAGAACGAUAGAUUGCUUCACAUGUUGCCAUUCUAUCACGUUCACGGGAUGUUCAUCUCUUUGUCAACCACUUUGUUCUCUCAUUCGUCGCUUAUUUGGCUACCGCGGUUCUCCGAAGAGAUUUGUCUUCGACACUUGGCUCAAAGCACUGUACUUAUGGGUAUACCCACAUAUUAUAGCCGUCUCCUCUCUUCUCCUCAAUUCCAAAAAUCAUCGAUCCCACCACAAUUUCGUCUUUUCAUUUCCGGAUCCGCACCGCUCUCGUUGGCAAUUUGGGAAGAAUUCGAGAAGAGAACAGGGCAUCGAAUUUUGGAAAGAUAUGGAAUGACUGAAGCGCAAGUGAUUUGUUCAAAUCUUUAUGAUGUGAACGGGCGAAUACCUGGAUCUGUCGGGAAACCGAUUCCCGGAACUGAACUACGUUUAAACGUAAACGAUGGAAUCGAGAUUCGAUCACCGGCUCUUUUCAGUGGAUAUUGGAGGAAUCCGGUGAAAACGAAAGAGGAUAUGACGGAUGAUGGAUAUUUUAUUACGGGAGAUGUGGGCAGAAUCGAUGACAAUGGUUUUCUUCAUAUUAUGGGUCGAUCGAAAGAUUUGGUGAUCUCUGGUGGGUUGAAUAUUUACCCGAAAGAGAUUGAGGAUGUUGUUGACAAAUUGGACGGGGUUCACGAGAGUGCGCUCAUUGGAUUGCCGCAUAGAGACUUGGGCGAGGCGCUUGUGGCGGUGGUGGCGCUGAGGAAUGGUGUAAAACUUGACGAGAAAGCGAUUCGAGAAAAGUUGAAGGCUCAACUAGCCGGAUAUAAGAUUCCAAAGCGAGUACUCUUCAUCUCAAAAUUGCCCCGUAACUCGAUGGGAAAAGGG